CACCUCUUUUUGUCAAUCAGAGCCUGGCAGCGUAGACGUUCCAAACAGUCGGAAGAUUUCUUGGGAAAGUUUUAAGCAGUCGGGUGUUCUCGAGGACGUUUUAAACAGUUAGAAACUCUUUCGAGGAAGUUUUAAAGCAAAAGAGUGUCGCCUUCCAACCUAAGGAACACAGUCAGUGAGAAGGAAGACAUUAUUCGUACAUGGCGUUGGAGUGGAUGGAGGGGACGCUGGGGUGGGGAAGCAUUGUCCUCUUUGUCCUCCUCCUGCUUUACUUCGCUCCAGGAAGACGUCCUCAUAAUUUUCCUCCAGGUUUGCCGAUGUUGCCGCUGGUGGGUUCGCUGAUUCACAUGCGCGGGGCGCCCACUAGAACCAAACUACGGAGUCUGCACAAGAAAUAUGGCAACGUGGCGGGCUUCGGCAUGUUCGGCACUGGGGUGGUGCUGGUGAGCAGUGUGCCGCUGAUCAAGAAGUUCUUCGCCAUUAACGAGGUAGCGGGCAGACCGCCGUCAGUCCUCACCACCACCAGGAACCUCCUGCUCAGCGAGGGUGUCACUACCAAUUUAGGGAUCCUGGGUGGAGACGGCCCCAGAUGGCAGGUGCAGCGGCGGUUCGUCCUCCGUCACCUGAGGGACCUCGGCUUCGGCAAGACCAGCAACGAGGCCUUAAUGAUGGACGAGGUGACGGAGCUCAUAGACUACAUCAAGCAGCGGAAGGGGACGCCUAUGCCCAUGAAGCGCCUCUUCAACCGGUCGGUGGUGAACGUGCUGUGGGGGAUGGUGAUGGGGAAGAGGUACUCCUACGACAACGCUAAGCUCACCAAGGUCAUCGACACCUUCAUCCAACCGGCUGACAUUAACCUCAUUCACCCCAUCUUCUCAAUCCCUGGGAUAAUGAGGGCAAUCAUCUACAUUCCUGUAUUAAAGGAAAAACUAAAACCUAUCAUAAAUCUCAUACAUUUUAUAAAGGAUGAACUGCGAGAUUUUAUGGCCAAUGAAGACCUCAGGAAAAACUUCUCCUUGGUGUCUACAUAUCUCAAAGAAGUUGAGAGCAGAGACAACGACCCAAACUUCGACAUGAACCAGAUGGCAGCAGUAACAUUAGAGAUGUUCGGAGCAGGGAUGGACACCACUACCACCACUCUGACAAUGGGGAUGUACCUGUUGUCCAAGUAUCAGGCCGUUCAGCAGAAACUACAGCAGGAACUGGAUGAUGUCGUGGGACGGGAUAGGCUGCCAAGCUUCCACGAUAUGGACAGGCUGCCUUACACCCAAGCCACUAUACACGAGAUGCAGAGGAAAGCGAACCUAGUAGCAAUUAUCAUCCAUGCCUCGCUGGGUGACUUCACGUUCGAAGGCUACCACAUCCCCAAAGGGUCAUUGAUCUUGGCGAACAUGGAAGACGCAAUGUUGAACCCUAAGCUGUGGAAGAACCCGUACGAGUUUGACCCUGAGAAUUUCCUCGACGACAAAGGCAACUUCGUCAAGAACGAAGCUUUCAUGCCCUUUGGAACAGGGAAGCGAAUAUGUAUAGCGGAGACUCUGGUUCGUAAGGAGCUGUUCUUCCUCAUUGCCUGCCUUCUGCAUCGCUUCACCUUCACCGUGGACAACGAAGAUGCACUUCCCGACAACGAGUACACCUUCAGCGCCGCCGUCAACUUCAGCGCAAUCGGCCACCCGAGGUCGCCCUUGUAGCUCCUGACCUCUAGAGUAGCACCUCAUUUACACACAACACAAUACAUAUUGUUAAGACUAUAUUGUUGAGACUAUGACUAUAUAGCACACGAAAGCAUACGAGAGCAGGAUAGAAGUUUGGGGAUAGGAGGAUUGGAGUGAAGGAGAAAUGCCCAACACCUUUGGUGCCUUCUGUUGAUAAUUACGUACUUACUUGGACCAUCGGGGAUCGAACGCCGACCUGCAAGAAACGAGGCUCUCCCUGUACUGACCAGUCCAAGUGGCAACAAGGUCAUUUACAGCUUUUCACUGUGGCAAGAAAUAAUUAUAAAAUAAUGUUUGUGUUUGCAUUGCUAAUGCUUCUAGAUAUAUCACCAAGGAAUUCUAUUUCUUGUGAAUCUUUUGCCAAUAACAGCACAGCGCCUCCUACCUGGCGCUUGAAACAUUCUCUUCAACAUUUCAUUGUUGAAAUUUCAAGUACAUCAGACAUACCAGACGUAAACAAUCUAAAAUUUAAUCCGACUGAACAGUAGAAGAUUUGAGUAUAGACCCAAGUUGCUUUAGUUGCUAGUAAUGAUUUAAGUGACAUGGUCAGCAUAGCAUAUGAGGCUUAUAUAUCCUUGCUCUACUCCGCAAGGUUAUAUAAUCCUUGCGGAGUAGAGGGUCAAGAACGUCAUAUAUGUAGAGAAUGUAAGAACUCUUGUAUAUAUAAAUAAAAGCAAAUAAAAAUAAAAGAAUGUAUGAUGUUUGACAAGAACAGAGCCUUCAGAUAUUCCAGUCUUGAAGCAAAAACAGUCAGUGUCUUUGCAGGAAUAUAAUUUGCAUUGUUCUGUUGCCUACGUUAUGACUUAUAGAGAUGUAUAUGGAUGAAAGAAGACUUAUAAAAAAGACUUUAGUAAUAAAUGGAAGUUCAAAGCU